AAUAAUUUUGCCCCACUGAAACUGCCCAGCUUUAUUCCUCAGCUAGCAACUAAAUCAUAUAGGGAGAAUGCACCUGGGUUAGGCAAUCAUACAUCUUCUCCCAUCCCAGCUGAGGCCAAUGGGGAAAUCAAUGGGGCCCAAAGGUUUGCAUAGUGCAGAAGCAAGGAUAGGAAAAGCAAAGCACAAGGAAGGAAUAUAUGCAAAGAAAUAUGGCAUCGCUUACAAGACUGAGUGGCUUUUAUUUUAGCUUCCAUGGAGAUAAACUCACUUCUGCAGAGUGAUAUUAAAGUCCCAGACACGCAGCCAGCGAAAGAACCAACACUAUGAACAGAUCAACGGUGACUCCGAGGACGAUCUGAGCCAGCCGAGGUGCCACGGGGAACUCUCGGCUUCUUUCUCGUUUUGGCCUCUUCGAAUCAUUGCGGGCAUCCUUGACCGGGGCCACCUCUCCGCCUGCAGUUUUUUUUUUCUCCUUUUCCUGGCAGGGCAUUCCCUUUCGGGCACUGUAUGCAUGACACUCCGAAAAGGAGAGAAAACCACAAUCAGCAUCCAAGAACACAUGGCCAUUGACGUCUGCCCUGGACCUAUCCGCCCCAUCAAGCAGAUUUCGGAUUACUUUCCCCGCUUUCCCCGUGGCCUCCCUGCCACGGUCAGCCGGAGCAACAGCCUGCGCUCCUCAUCCAGCCAGGCCGCCGUCAGCCCCUCGGAAACAGCCCCACGGGAAGAUGACGAGGACGUGGACCAACUUUUCGGGGCGUACGGGACCGAGCCGGUGGAACAGCCCGCCAAGCCAGUUGUCAAACAGGAGGAGGAGGCGGUGGAUGCAGAUGGAUACGAAUCCGACGACUGCACUGCCCUGGGGACAUUAGAUUUCAGCUUGCUAUAUGAUCAAGAAAACAACGCGCUGCACUGCACUAUUAAUAAAGCCAAGGUGCCAAAACCUCACUACAGAAAGGGCCUGAAGCCGAUGGAUCAUAAUGGGCUGUCUGACCCCUACGUGAAAUUGCAUUUGCUUCCCGGUGCCAGUAAGGCCAACAAGCUGCGGACCAAAACCUUAAGGAAUACUCUGAAUCCUACUUGGAACGAAACCCUCACGUAUUACGGGAUCACGGAUGAGGACAUGAUCCGGAAAACACUCAGGGUUUCCGUCUGCGACGAGGACAAAUUCCGCCACAACGAGUUUAUUGGAGAAACAAGAAUCCCUUUGAAGAAGCUGAAACCCAACCAGACCAAGAAGUUCAACAUCUGCCUGGAGAAGCAACUACCUAUCGACAAAACGGAGGACAAGUCCCUGGAAGAGCGCGGUCGUAUCCUGAUCUCCCUCAAAUACAACUCCCAGAAGCAAGCCCUGCUGGUGGGCAUCGUCCGCUGCGCACACUUGGCCGCCAUGGAUGCCAACGGCUACUCAGACCCCUAUGUGAAAACAUACUUGAAACCAGAUGAGGAUAAAAAAUCUAAGCACAAGACCGCCGUGAAAAAGAAAACGCUAAAUCCUGAAUUUAAUGAGGAGUUUUGCUAUGAUAUCAAGCAUGCGGAUUUGACCAAGAAAACUCUCGAGAUCACCGUGUGGGAUUACGACAUUGGGAAGUCAAACGACUUUAUCGGGGGUGUCGUGCUUGGGAUCAACGCCAAGGGAGAGCGGCUCAAGCACUGGUUCGACUGCCUAAAGAAUAAGGAUAAGAAGAUUGAGCGCUGGCACACGCUCACCAAUGAGCUGCCCGGGGCCAUCCUCAGCGACUGACCUCCCGGCCCCGGGGAACAACGUGGCGCACCGAUCUCAACCACGGAGCAGCAGCCUUUGCCUCUGGGCUCCGUUUGCUUGCUGCGCAGGACGGGACGGGAGGGAUGCUGAGCCUCAAGAGCGGAGGGGAGACGGGCUGGGACCCCCAAGAGGCGGCCCAUUGAACCCCAGACAAGGCUGUCUUCUUCCCUGUUGCUUUGCCUUGAGAUGUCUUUCCGGGAUACUUUGAACCCGUUCCUGUGUGUGUGUGUGCGUGUGUGUAUACGUGUGAUGGGGCGUCUCCAGGCCUGCAUGCAUUCACACAACCACCUUUCGAUCUCCUCAAUCCCGUUCUUGCUGCUUUGCAAAUGCAGUGGCAACCUGAUGCACAAUAUACAUACACACACACACAUAUAUAUAUUCACACACAUGCAUAUAUACAGUAAGGUAUAGGUUUCCCAUGAUGUUAAGUCCAGUUGUGUCUGACUCUGGGGGUUGGUGCUCAUCUCCAUUUCUAAGCCGAAGAGCCGGCGUUGUCCAUAGACACCUCCAAGGUCAUGACUGCAUGGAGUGCCGUUACCUUCCCACUGGUGCAGUACCUAUUUAUCUACUCACAUUGGCAUGUUUUCGAACUGCUAGGUUGGCAGGAGCUGGAGCUAAUAGCGGAUGCUCAUUCCGCUCCCGGGAUUUGAACUUGGGACCUUUCGGUCUGCAAGUUCAGCAGCUCAGCGCUUUAACACACUGCGCCACCACCAGGGGCAUAUAUACAUAUAUAUAUACACAAGUCUCACUUAUCCAACAUGAACGGGCCAGCAGAAGCUUCGAUAAGUGAAUAUCUUAUUAUUAUUAUUAUUAUUAUUAUUAUUAUUAUUAUUAUUAUCUUAGAUCAGGGGUCCCCAAACUAAGGCCCGGGGGCUGGAUGUGGCCCAUCGAAGCCAUUAAUCCGGCCCCCACGGCACAAGGGCAGAAGCGGGUUGGGCUAAAUGACCCAAGGGGUCUCUUCUUCUCUUCCAACCCUUAUUAUUAUUAUUGUUAUUAUUAUUAUUAUUAUUAUUAUUAUUAUUAUUAUUAUUAUUAUUAUUAUGACAUAGCAAACAAGAUAGAUAUGCUGGAUUU